CGAUUCCUUUCGUGGCUUUCUGCUGCAGCACCUGCGCAGCUUAAAGGAGCAGCAGCAGCAACCUGCUGCCACUGCAGAUCAGCAGCAGCGCCGGAAAGAACCCGCUGCUGGCAACAGAGGCCAGCAGCAGCAGCAGCUGCAGCAGCAGCAGCAAGGACUCGAUGCUACGCAGCAGCGUCUAGCGCACGAAGUCGUUUGUAAACGAUCGCCUAGGGGUGAGGAGGCGCAGCAGCAGCAGCAAGAAUUGCUCCCGCAGGAGCAAGUGCAGCAGCAGCAGCAGCAAGAGCAGCAGCAACAGCAGCAUGAGGGCACGGAAUCCCCCAUGUCCCAGCAGCCAGAAAACUGCAAUCCUUCGCAGCAACAGACAGCAGCUCACUCUAGAGAACAGCGACAGCAGCAGCAGCAGCAGGAACCUGCGUUAGCAGCAGAAGCAGCAGCAGCAGCAGCAGCAGCAGCAGGAAUGACGUAUCUGCUGGAGUCCCCAGCUGGACUGCCGCGAGAGAUGCGCUGCAGCGUGCGAAGGGGUCCAGACUUUCUUUAUCUGCUGCAGCAGCGGCAGCGAAGAAAAGACGAACUAAAUUGGCACUUCAACAUUCUGUGCGCUGACGCAGCAGCAGAGGGCGCCGAGCCGCAGCAAGAACCGCAGCAGCAGCAGCAGCGGCAGCAGCAGCAGAGGCGGAGGGUGUGCAUGUUGGUUUUGCGGCACCACAUUCUGCAGCACGAGCCCCACUGGCUGGCCGAGUGGAUUGUUCUUUUCUUGCUGCGGCUGUACGCCGACGUCAUUCGGGCCCUUUCUGCUUCCGAAGCCACUCUGGCCUCAACUGCAGCAGCGGCAACAGCCCCGCUGCUGGCAUUUUGUGAAGAGCCCCCGACUCCGGCGCAGUACCUUCGCGUCAAGCGUCAAAUGCAGCAGCAGCAGCAGCAGCAGCAAGACCAGCAGCAGCUGCAGCAGCAUGACCGGCAGCUCCAGCAGCAGCAAGCGGACUGA